CAGUCUCGGAUGUACCGCGACGCUGUUAAAACCCGUGCCCGCUCCAAAAUUCAUCAAAAAUCCUGAAUACAUUUCGAUUUUGCUAUUAGCAUUCGACACGCGUACAUCGUCCUAGGCCGUCCGCCGCACGCCACUGACACAUUUCUGCCGCUACGCGCGUUUAUUGAAUUUAGAACAGUUAUUGUUUUUUUUUUCAAAUCGGUGCAUUAGAAACAUUUUGUGACUGACACGUGUUUAAGGAAUCUGUGGUUCAUACGGAAGACUUUUUUUGGAACCAUGAAGAUGGACCUCAAAAGGCGAAGUGAACCUUCGUUUCUCACUUUUUGGAUAUUCCUUCUACAAAUGUUAGGCAGCGCCCGCCGCGGUGCAGAGGGCCACGGGAGGCUCAUGGACCCUCCAGCUAGGAACUCCAUGUGGCGGUUCGGUUUCCCUAACCCGGUCAAUUAUAAUGACAACGAGCUGUUUUGUGGAGGAUAUGCCGUCCAGUGGGAGCAGAACCAGGGGCGGUGCGGGGUGUGCGGGGACGCGGACAACCUGGCUGUGCCCCGGCCGCACGAGGCGGGCGGCAUGUAUGGGAAAGGCAUUAUUACACGGCAUUAUAGUGUUGGACAGGAAAUAGAAGUAGAAAUUGAAUUAACGGCAAACCACUUGGGCACAUUCGUGAUGAAGUUGUGUCCAAAUAACAAUCCCAAACAAGAAGCGACACAGGAAUGCUUCGACAGAUAUCCUCUAUACGUAGCUGGAACACGAGAGGACAGGUUCCUUAUACCUUUAGACACGGCGAAGAAAGAGAUAUUUAGAUAUAGAGUGCGACUGCCUCCUUAUAUCACGUGUACACAAUGUGUAUUACAAUGGACUUAUUAUACAGGUAACAUGUGGGGCAUUUGUCCCAACGGCACGGAAGCUGUCGGAUGCGGGAGAUCAGAGACCUUCCGGAACUGCGCUGACGUCAGCAUCAUAACUAGCACUGGUGGUCUACCGCCUGCCUUCGCGGGCGACCUCAGGAGGGAUAACCCCUUCCUGCUGUACUACAGGGACUAUAGUAUGCCACAGAAUGUGUUUCCGCUUGUUGUCAGCAAAGACAAAAGUUAUAAGCUGGCAAAAGUACAAGACGUUAGCAACGAUAUAUCUGACUAUGACACACCGGAUUUAAUUACUGAUAUAAUAAUUAGGGACCAAGUGUGUUUGCCAUCGGAUGGUUACCGCAUGAUCCCGGGUAUGCAACACUGGUGUCAAACCAACUGUCUUCGUUAUCCGCCUAACUGCCCAGAAGCACUGUGCCACUGCCCGAGCGUGUGCGAAGCGGUCGGCGAGUUGGAAGGCAAAGAAGGCGCUGACGUGUACUGCAUGGACCUCUGCAUCGUGUACCCACCACACUGCCCCAAGAACAAAUGCUUAUGUUACUGAGGGAAUAUCACAGCAAUAGACAUUUUAACAAUACGUCCAAUAAUAGACAAUAGAUUCUUUUCAAUUCAAGUGAUGUCUUAUAGCAGCAUUAUUGCCAGUGUGGGAAAGUGAUCAGAUAGACGAAUUAUAAACCGGGUGUAAUCGGUUUAAAUUAUUGGUUUCCAAAGUUAAGUUUAUUGAGUAAAAUGACAUUAAUAACUUUUUAAAAAUAUAACGGGAAAUAUAUAAAAAUUAUAAAAAGAAACUGGAAGUAAUACUGCUCUGGCAUCAUGGUAUGGGGGCUGUUUCAUUUUUGUUGGCUCUAGUUUGAUCUAAAUCUUUAAAUAAUAUUAAAAAAAAACUUGUAACUUUUGGUCACCUGUUUUCUAUCUUACACACUUUUACUUUAUAAUGGGGUAUCUUUUAAUUUGUUACCAUCUGUCGUUUAAAUUUAUAUAAUAUUUUAUAAC